AUGGCUAGGAAAAGAAAGGCAAGUGAAGGGGUGGAUGAGAAAAAUCCUGAAGAAGAAAAUAUGGGUUGGGAUGAGAUGGUGAAGGAAGCAGCAGCAGCUGCAGCACUGGGCGGAGCACGGCGAGCUCGAAAGAGGUUCGUCGGAGUUCGACAAAGGCCAUCAGGUAGAUGGGUGGCCGAAAUUAAGGACACCAUACAAAAGAUAAGGGUAUGGUUGGGCACUUUCGACACGGCUGAGGAAGCUGCAAGGGCCUAUGAUGAGGCUGCUUGUUUGCUCCGAGGAUCAAACACUCGCACAAACUUCUGGCCUUGUUCUCCAUCAUCUAAUUCAACUCCAGCUCUUCCUUCAAAAAUUACUAACCUCCUUCUUCAUAGGCUUAAAGCAAGAAAUAAUGCUUUGGCUCCUUCAUCUACCUCUUCUUUGCCCAUCAAUGAACAACAAAACCCAGAAGAAGAGUAUAAAGAUGAAAUGGAUGAAUUCUCAGGUACCCAGUUUACUGAUUUCCUUAGAGAUCCCGAAGAAUUUGAUUUUGACCCCAACAACAUGGUCACUGGUGCUAAUGCAAGUACUGGUGAUCAUUACACCACCAAAAGUUUUGACCCAUGUUUAACUGAAAAAGAUAAUUGUGACGUGGGAGAAAUCUAUUUGGACUACAAUUGGAGUGGUGCGGCUAACUGUUCUGUUGGUGGUGAUGGUAUUAUAGGAGGGGAAAGAGAAGAAGAUGGCGAAGAAGAAAGCACUGGUUUAGGGUUUGCAGAAGUUCACUCUUCUGGUACUCAGUGUUCUGGUGGUGAUGAU